GAUGCCGAAGAGGGUGUAGUCUACGUCAAACCACGACACUCAUGACAACCAAGGCAUUUAUCUGGAUAUUUAACAGAAUAAGAGGAAGCAAGAGGAAGACACCGAUGGUGCCAUCAUUUGUUUCUCUGCUGCAGAACAGCGCAUCUGGAGUAUUGUAGGAUGCAAAGUGUUUUUUCAGCGAAACAAAGAUGAGUGUGACGUCAUGGUUCCUGGUGAGCAGCUCUGGUUCCCGUCACCGUCUGCCACGGGAGAUGAUUUUCGUCGGCCGGGAGGACUGCGAGCUCAUGCUCCAGUCUCGUAGUGUGGAUAAACAGCACGCUGUUAUCAACUACAAUCAUGCCACAGAUGAGCACCUGGUCAAGGAUCUGGGAAGUUUAAACGGGACAUUUGUGAAUGACCUGAGAAUUCCGGAUCAAACAUAUAUCACUCUCAAGCUGUUAGACGUUGUUCGGUUUGGAUAUGAUUCCCAUGUGUAUGUUCUUGAGAAAAGUCAACAUAAAGUCCCUGAAGAGGCACUUAAGCAUGAGAAAUACACCAGUCAGCUGCAGAUGGGUCUAAAAGCCCCAGAGGGGAAACAACAGCAUGUGCAAGAAGAGAAGUCAAAGUUAGAGCGUUCUGAACGCAAAAGUGUCUCUGAGGCACCUUCACUCCGGCCCACACCACUGUAUGGUCAGCCAUCAUGGUGGGGAGAAGAGGACUCUAUAAACAAGGGAACACACAAUGAAGUACGUCGGUCAGGUGACAACCAUUUAGAGGUCACUAAAGAGGGCCUGAUGGCUGAGGAUGAAUUCAACGGUUCCGUACAGGAGAUCUGUGACAACCGGGCCCAGUCGGCCUUCCUGUACAACCGAGAGCACAGCUAUUUUGAAAUCCCUACAAAAGAGUCCACCGCGCACCCCAAGUCCCCGGCGGGAGACCAGAUCGACAUCCCAACCAAAGACACCAAUGUUCCUCUGACAUCCACACCCCCAGUUGUCCAGAGUCAUGCUUCUUUCACUAUCGAGUUUGAUGACUGCAUGCCAGGGAAGAUUAAAAUCAAGGAUCACGUAACCAAGUUCUCGUCCCGGCAACGGAGCAAGCAGCAGUCCUCCAGUAAACCUCUGGGAGAGGAGGUUCUGUCAGCUGAGAGCAAAGUAGCGGAUUGGCUCGUGCAAAGUGAUGUCAGCAUGAUGUGCAGGCGGACACCUUGUGAGGAUGCGUACAGCACUAAAAGUGACUUGGCGAUGCACAUCAGGACACUCAAAGGUCACCAUCAUGAAGAUGGAACCCAGAGUGAUUCAGAAGAACCAGUAAUGAUAGACAAACGCAGCAAGUCUCAUAAUUCGGUGCAAUCUCAAUCAUCAGUACAGUCGCAGCAAUCGGAGAGGUUAAAGACAUCUGAACCGUCUGAAUCGGUGCCGUCUCAGCAGUCCAUCCCAAUGCAGAGAUCUUAUUACCCUCAGUCAGUCUCACCACCCAAACACCCUCAAACAGAUCUUGAAGAAAGUGAGACCCAUCCCGUCCAAGAAGCCUCCUCUCCAUCCCAGGCAGAGGUCAAGCCUGUUCACCCUGAACCACACACCCAACAGGCCUUUAUCAUUGAGUUCUUUGACGAUAACCCUAGAAAGAAACGGUCGCAGUCCUUCACACACAACUCUGCCCAUGCUGACUCCUACUCUGCAUUGAAGGCCAAACUAGAAAGACGUAAAGCUCAUGGUGAAAGGCCAGCUUCUGUUCACGGGCACGUUCCUCCGACGCAGCAGAUGACUGUUCCGCUAAAAGGUUCAGGCCAUGGAGGUUCACAGAGGUCAAGUUCACUGAAGAGAGAUAAGACAGGAGACAGUGGAAGCAGCACGUCUCUUUCAGGGACCUCAUCUCGUUCUACACCAACCAUCACCGUCAAGCCUUUCGGAAGUGUGGGCAAGAAGUCUAAAAUAGCUCAAGAAUUUGCUGUAGUCUUCCUAAAGGAUACAGGAAAAACAUCCCCACCUCCCAUGUCUGCACCACCUGUAAUGAUGUCCCCGUCCCAUGCUCGUUUACCCUCCCCAGUAGAGCCACCUGGACCCUCAUCUGUAUCCUGCCCAUCUUCACAUUCUCAGCUGCUGGCAUUAUCCCAGUCUCUUCUUCCAUCGUCUCCCCCGGUCUCUGUUCCUGAAAGGGGUGCAAUUUCUAAUGCCUCCCCAAUCUGCUCGGCCGGGUCGUUGGUGCCCCAGUUUUUUCAGCACGGGAUCAGUGGUGUGGACACUAAGGGCUCAAGAGUGUUACGAAAUGAGGAGGAGGAUAGUCUUAGUGAUGCUGGUACCUACACGAUUGAGACGGAAUCACAAGAUAAGGAAGUGGAGGAAGCAAGAAUCAUGAUUGACCAGGUUUUUGGAGUGUUAGAUGCGCCAGAAUACAGCGGUCAGGCCAUUGGAGUUUAUAGACCUGUGAUUGAUGAUGGGAAAGAUGAGCAAGCAUUCUUUGGUCAUAGCCAUGGUGUGACAGCUGAUGUAAUGUCGACAUCAUCACAUGGCCAUGGGGAGAACCAAGUCUGCUCACAGCAGGCACAUCCUGAUGCAGGAGGACCUAAAUGGGUCUCACGCUGGGCCAGCCUGGCCGACACUUACAGUGACUCACAAGGAUCCGUGGUCACUCCAUCCCAAGGUGUUCUUACAGACAGAGAUGUCAGAGUGACAUUAAUGGUAAGUCAAAGCAUGGAGAUCUCUGAAUCUGAGGGCAGUCAAGGUUCCAGGACAAGACGACUACUUCCCCAGGUUCCACCUGGAGAAAGGCUUGAGAACACAACCCCUAGUAUCUUAAUCCGUCAUGAGAUGCACAUGGACCAUGAGCCACCAGAGAGGGGUACCAGAGCACCACAGCAGCAGGACUGCACUCACAGGCUAUGUGUUCAAGAUGAUUUAGAGCCGGAUAGUCUGAGUGACACCAGCCGUUCAGAUGACAGCUCUAUCCUCGAUAGGAGUGGAAGAAGUCAAGGAAGGAAAGGAACGGUAGCACACUCGCCAUCUGAAGGUGCAAAUCAUUCCAAAACCUUAGAAAUGCCUGCUACCACUCCCAAACCCACAUCAUUUUAUAUUGGCUCUGAAGAUGGUUCAUACAGGUCAGAUACAUCUAGAAGUCCUGUUCUUUCACAGUCCGAAAGAGAAACUUCUCCCAAAAUGCCUCCGACCACUGUUUUGAUACGACAUCUGAGUGGCCAUGAGCCUAAGCGACCGCCGAAGCCCAACUCGUCAGCCCCAAAUCUUCAGACCCAUGACAGAGAUACUGUGCCCACCAAAGAGACCUCAACCUCCUUUGUUAGACAGGAGAGUUUUACCAAAGACAGGCCAAGUGACAUCAUCCAAGUCAAGAAGCUGCCACACAUUUCCAGUCACCCUGCUUUGAGAAGCCUGGAUUCAGGAGAACCUGUCCGAGAUACGUCACUCUUUUUUAAGGAGGUAGAAAGAUCACGGGAAGAGAAUUUACCACGAGGAUCCAGAAAGGGAAGCACUCCUGAACAAGACGACUCUCUCUCUGGUGAAUCAGACGUUGACACCGCAAGUACUGUAAGCAUGGUCAGCAGUAAAAACGGCCCUGUCACUGCACCUAAGAAGCGCGCCGCUUCAAAUGAAAAAUGCAAGGAUAAAGCGUCUUCCAGUGCACAUGACAAAGGCAGACAACCCACGGCCCGCGAGCGACUGUCAGAAAAACGCAAAACUCAUUCCUCUGCAGACAAAGCUGAAACCAAUAAAGCUGAACAAGCUCGUCGCCUCCAAAUUCGUCGCAGCGCUGGUAACCGUGGUUCCUUAGAUCUUUCGGAGAAUCAGCAUGGUCAACAGCAUUCUGAUCAUGAGUCAAGUUCGAGACCCAAUGGUCGCAAGAAACUCACGGCACCCUUGCAAAAGGAGGACCCCAAUAAAGUGGUGAAAGGCAGCCAUCAGGUGCUGACCCGAUCCAAUAGCCUUUCAGCCCCGAGACCAACUCGUGCCUCCAUGCUACGUCGAGCCCGGCUGGGUGACGCGUCUGACAAUGAGGGGACAGAGACAGACCGUGCAUCCCAGAGCUCCGACCACACCAAGACUCCUAACGAAGCAAAGAAACUCUCUAGGCUCGACAUUCUUGCCAUGCCUCGGAAGCGGACUGGGUCCUUCACAGUUCCGAGUGACAACGAGUCUACUUCAAGCAAGCAUGGAAAUUCUAACCGUCCUGUUGAGGCAAGCAGUGCAAAAAAAGGAGCGUCGGGUGAGGUGAGACAGACUGCCGGGAAAGGAGCUUCAUUGACAGCAAGGCACUCCUCUGCUCGUAACCGUUCUAACCAGGUUAAACACAGUAGCACCGCUGGUUCCCAUCGCAGACAAAAGGAUUCCAACUAUUCCUCUACCUCAGAGGAGGAGUUUGAGACUAACUCCAACUCUAAACACAAACGCUCCCACUCCUCAGCAGCAACUCAGACUCAGACACCUAAGAAGAGCAUUCAAAUGAGGCUAAAAAGUGUCUCUUUGGAAACAGAAGAGGAUGAAGCUCAGAACGAACACUUCCAGAACUGGACUAAUCAUAGUGCAGAGAUUGCCAGGCUGAGUCAAGACCUGGCCAAAGAUCUUGCCAUCCUUGCACGUGAAAUCCAUGAUGUGGCAGGGGACGGUGACUCCCAGACAUCCUCAGGCAUGGGAACUACAACCUCCCCAGGCUCCAUGCCCAAUACCCCUGCAUCCAAUAUCUCAACCAGAGAGGAGAGACCAUAUCCAUCAUUACAGAGGUUCCUGUCACCUCAGCUGGUACAGCAUAUACCCGAGGCAAGUCUGAACUAUCAAAAGCUUCCACCAGGCUCAACUAGUCCAGUAGACCAGGAUUCAAAUAUGAACGACCAUGACAGUUCCAGACGGCGUCCCUGGAAUCGUGAAGAGGUCAUUCUGGACAAUCUAAUGUUGAACCCUGUGUCGCAGCUCUCACAGGCUAUCAGAGAGAACACGGAGCAACUCGCAGAGAAAAUGAAAGUUAUGUUUCAUAACAAGACAGAUGUUUGGGAAGAAAUCGAGGCAAAAAUCAAUUCUGAAAAUGAAGUUCCCAUCCUUAAGACAUCCAACAAGGAAAUCUCCUCAAUUCUCCAGGAACUGAGACGAGUCCAGCGACAACUUGAGGUGAUCAACACUAUUGUUGAACCCGGAGGAACCCUCAGAAUGCCCUCUGUGUUAACUUCUCCAGGGAGAAAGACCAAAUCUACUUCCAAGGAGUUUACCAGCCCCUCUUCUACUAAUGCCAAUACAAGUGCAAAGCGAGGUGCCCGUGGGUCCGAGGGAGGCCGAUAAUGAGUUUAAGUGUUGUUAUAACGAAUGCAUAUCUUUUUAAAGCCUGCCAUCUUCACAGCAUCUUUGUUACAGUAUUGUGAGAGGAUUUGUGGUUCAAAUAUACGUCAUGUGCUUUCUAUAAGACACCGACGCUGCACAAGCUAAAAGUAGGCAACACUGUAUUUACAACAAUUGUAACCCGUGGCUUGCUUAGACAGUUGUUCUGUAUUCCAUGGCUGAAUGAGUAAAUGAGUGGGUGCUGUCCGUUUUAAUUGUUUAAAAACCGUUGUAGCAUUUACUGAAAGUACGAACUUUGACAUUUUGUGCACUUAGCUGCUACUGAUUAACAGCAUGAAGAAAACACCACCUUAAAUGCUUACCUUGUGAAACUUUACUGAAUUUGUCAAGAGCAAAGCGCUUUGCAAAAACAAGCCCUUUAAUUAUUAUUUUAAGUGGGGUAUGUUGUGAAAGAUUAGCACACUGCAAAAAAAAUGUCAUACUUAUUAGUUUUGUCUUGUUUUUAAGAAAAAAUAUAUGAACUUUCUUAACCUUCCUGUUAUGUUUGGUGUCGGCAAAUGCUAGGUAAAGAAAGUGGAAAUAACUGUUUAAAUUGAAGUCAGUUAUUGAGAAUUGAAACAUUUGUGGGGUCAAUUUAACCUCAAUUAAUAAAUCAUGGCUAAAAUUUGCACAUAGGAUGGUUAAAUCAAGAUACAUUUACUUGAGAAGCUAAAUGACUUCAGAUAUUAAAUAAUAUUAAAAAUAUAUAUAUACGCACACUGUAUAUAUAGCUCACUGUGUGUGUAUAUCCAUGGAAAUAAUAAUAAUAGGUUGAUUUUCAGUAAUUUUAAGUUUUUCUGACGUUAUUGGUUAUAGUUGUGUGUUUAAGCGUAAUCAUAAUUUUGGUUUCAUUCUGUAAACAGGGACAGUAUUUCUACCAAAUUACAAAUGAAAAUAUUGUUUUCAUUUGCAGAAUAUUGGGACAAACUGGUAAAAUGACAAAAAUAAGAUGGUAAGUUUAAAAUAUCAACAAGUUCAUAUUUAUAUUAGGUUAUUUUUGUUUACCAAAGUUACAAUUUUGAAACGUUUCUGUUCAUUGAAAACAAAUAAAAUAUUGACCUAAAAAUGAUUGGAAACCAUAAACUAAAUAAAUAAUGUAAAUGUUGCCUCAAAAAUAAACUGAAAUCAGCCCUAAAAUUAUUAUAAUAUUUGUUUUUAAAUAAUACUAAAAUAAAAAAUGAAUAAAUGUAAAUGUAAUGCUUUUUCACGCUGCCAUAUAUUUAAAAAAAAUUCAUAUCUUAAGGAAUUUGCUUCUGCAGUAAAUGUAUCUUACAGUAAGAAUAUAAGGAUAUUCGUACUGGACCACAAGACAAAAUACUGCGUAAGAAAUCAUUUCUUUGCAUUGUCUCUAAUGUGCCUCUGAGCACAGGGGCGGACUGGGAAGCAAAUUCAGUCUUGGAUUUUUCGGCCCAAAUCAGCCCUUCACCAAUUCUGUUGAUGGUUGGGGGGGUGUUUGCAGAUCGAUCCUCCACCACAUCUGUCGAAUGGGGUGUGAUUCAGUCCCCCCCACAAUUGUCGACGGGGGGGUUUGGGGGUUUAGGGUUGUAUGUAACGUGUGCACUGCGUUACAUGCAAACGUGUCCAACUCACUAAUGCCUUCGCGUUACGUGCAUUUGCGAGCAAGUCUGCCCAUGGUCCCAGCCGUAGUCCGUUCUGGACUUUGACAGAAUGUCCUAUUGGUCAAUCCGCCCCUGUCUGAGCAUACUGUGACUAUAGUGUAGAAUUCCAGUACAGUUUGUAACACAAGUUAAUGUAAUUUUAAAAUCGAAUCACCCUUUCGCAGAUUGUUUAGGCUAUGAGUGUUUUGAAAUAAUUGUAAGCCGAUUUAACAGGUCAGUGAACAGAAUUUGUUUGAAUGUUCUCCCAUCACUGACAUAUUUCUGGUGUGUGUAAGAGAGUGAUUUAUCCUGUGAAUCUGUUCGAGUGUUGUUGCUAUGUGUUACAGGUAAAUAACGGGUUCCCUUCACCCCGCAAGAUUAUACUGUAUGCUCUUAUGAUUGUAUGCAACAAAGUGUUGUUGUUCAUUUUCAAUCACAAAGAGUUAUUUUGGGGUUUGAUUGUUGCCCUGCUUCCCCUGAGGAACAAAAAACACAACUGGAUGUUAUCAGCUAUAGCGCUGUCUUGUUUGUAUUUUAGUCCAUUAUGCUAUCGAUUUUGUGAUUUUGAAUGUUUUACAAGUAUCAGAGUGGUCAACGUUUACCUAGUGAAAAAGAUUUAUGUUGCACUAAAUGAUGUUAUAUAGGGAAUUUGAAAUAUCUACAACUCUGUAGUUUUCGUGACAUAGUUUGAGCGCAGUAAAGAAAUACACGCCAUAUGUAGGUCAACCACGGUAAUACAAAUAAGCAGGGCACAAAAAGAUACACUGUCAAUGCAGUUGAAAACAUCUUUCUGUCCCAUCAACAAUACAAUAUUUCUCAAAAUCAAUCUGCACUAUAUGUUAGUAUUGUAUAAACUGCUUCUUCUCAUUAAUUGUGACCUUUCAUAACAGCACUUUUUAUGUAUUACUGUUCAACAUGACAUUGAAGAGUCUGUGCAAUCCUAUUAUCUCAGUUUUAAAAAGUAAACCUAUUGCUAAAUAUCUGCACUAAGAAAUGAUUGUAUACUAUAUAUAUUUUGUUUUAAGCAGUUGCUUUAGUUUUGGCUGGGUGUUCUGAUUGGUUCAAUGUGUGUGUAAACUGCAAAUGAAAGACUUGUUUUAUGAUUACUGCAUGUCUGUCACAUGUUAUGAAGGCGGGUCAAGACUAAGACAUGUUUACCGGCUGCGUGUUUGUUUGUGUAGAGGGCUGUACGUUGACAUUUAUAAGGCCUAGUAAAUACAGAAACAAAUAGGGCGACAGUGCAAAUGUGAGUUUUGUGCAGGCGCACAAUGCUCUCUGUAUGUAUCCCUGCAGUUAUUGUACAGAUUUCUUUGCAUCGUCAUCGGUAUCAGGCCUGUAAAUUCAUUGCCAGCAUCUAUCUGAUGUAUCUAUAUUCAAAGGUUUUCAUCUCGCACAUCUCAUCUCGUUUUUCUAAUUUCUAUACUGUUAAAAACACUUUAAAGGUUUGCGUACAGCUGAAAAUCCAAAUCCAACUGAUUUUGCUGAACUCUGUUUAUUUGCAUUUUUUAUUUUUUAUUUUUUACUUUUUGCUUUUUUUACGUGUAGUUGCUAUUAUUAAUAAACUACAGAAUGUCUUAUGUAAAUCAAUACACCGUACAAAGUGUAUUACAUUUUUCAUCACAUUUGUAAUAAAUUGAUU